AUGGCGUAUUCUAAACGAUGGUGGGGCGCUCUUCCCGGAGUGGUGGUACAGGGAGUUCGUCCAAGGAUAUUAUCCUCAGCCAGCACGGAACAACAACGCGUCGAGAAUAUCAAUACAUCGGAAAAAACGAAAGAGUACGCUUGUGACAACGGCUUGUCGGUAGCGGAAAAAGAAGCGCAAAAGCUGGUGGAUAACGCGAGACGGCCAUCAUCGCAUGCGAGCGGUAUCGCUCAUCGGAAGAACAGCUCGUGGCCGGCGGAACAAGACAGAAGGAGUAGCGCGUUAAAAGAACGUGAUAACAGCGGCGCAGUGGCGGGUGAGCUGGCUUGUCUUGCGGGCUACUUGAAUAUGGCGGGUUACCUUACAGGCGCGACCUGCGCCUCAACCGGAAACCAUCAGUAUCAUCCCCACGGACAUCCAGCAAUGGGGGUUGGAACGCAUCCGCAUCCUCAUUCUCACCCUCAUCCGGGUGCGUCGCACCCCGCUUUACCGUCACCAUUCGCGCUCGCUACACACGGCCAUCCGCAUGCUCAUCCUCUCGAACAUGGACUGGCUCCUUUUCCACAAGGAAUGAAUCAACGCAAACAGCGUCGCGAGAGAACGACUUUCACAAGAGCUCAGCUGGAUGUGCUCGAGGGACUAUUCUCGAAAACGAGAUAUCCGGACAUCUUUAUGCGAGAGGAAGUUGCCGUCAAAAUUAACCUGCCAGAGUCACGAGUCCAGGUAUGGUUCAAAAAUCGCCGAGCCAAGUGCAGACAACAACUUCAGCAGCAACAGCAGCAGCAACAACAACAGCAGCAGCAGCAACAACAACAACAGCAACAACAACAACAACAAACUCCUCCAUCAAAAGGUUCACCUAGAUCAAACAGCAGCAGUACCGGCAACAGAAUAUCCACAAGUUCGUCAACGACGCCGAGCAGGCGAUCUUCGCCCGACUCGCCCGUGCAAGGUAGAGAGGCGCCAGUUUCAGGUAAUUCACCCAUGUCAACACCACUUCUAUCGACAUAUCCUCGAGUCGGGACAACACCAACCGGCGGUAGCGGCGCCAAUAGCAAUCUAACGACCCCGUCACCACCGCUGACACCAAGUUCUAAUCAACUGCAACCGUCGUCAUAUCCGCCAGCAAUGAAUCAAAUUCAUCAUGGUGAAACGUACGGCUUUACUUGGAGUUCGGCUGCGUCCGCUUCUAUGAAUCACAGUCAAUACGCCGGUCAGAGUUACAAUGCUUACACUCAGGCUCCGUACAGCGGCGAUUACUACCAAGCGCAGAUGCCUCAUAUACAUCACAGUCCGCAGACGAACUAUCAUCAUCCACAAUAUCAUCAUAAUAUGACACUUACUUCCACGUCGCACUUGACUAGUCAUCACUUGAAUCCGGUGACUAACCAGACUCAAGCAGUCAGUAAUGAUAUAGCUGCUGCUGCUGCUGUCGCUGCGGCUGCGUCCAGUGAAGACUCUUACAUUCUGCCCGAUCAAAAGUAUCCGCCAUUGGCAUAGCGGUCCAGCAGGUCCUCUGGGAUCUUUCAACGGAGUCAAGAAACUACAGCGACCAGCUCUUCUAUGUCCUAUCGUUGGCGAUUGAACACAGCAAUUUGUCAAGGUACCAACGGUCACCUUGACUCUGACGACAAUUGAGUAUUUUCUUGUAUCCAGCUCUGCAAUGCUCUUGAUGUAGAUAGAUUAUAUUACUGCCAGCUUCAAAUUAUACGUAUAAUUUGUUAUCUGCAUGUUUCUUUGUCAAUGUUUCUUGCGACUUCGUUCUUAUAUAUACAAGAGUAUUUUAAAACAAAUAAUUAUUGUAAAAAACUCCAUUACAGAGUUAAUUGCCAAAAGUUUUAGAUAUCGUAUAAUUGUUUCUUAAGAUUUUAUUAUGCGUACAUAUAAAAAUUUUACAUUUUGU